UACACGUGUAACGUCUAGUCUUUGAACUUCGGUCAGUCAGCUGCUGAUAGGCCUAUAUUGUUGUUGUUUUAAAUCAUUUAAACACAAUGUCCUCUCAAGAUGAUCAGAAUCCAAGCGGCGAAGAUCAUCCUGAAUUCAAAUUCAGCUCGCACACUUCUCUUGAAGAUUUGAGAGCCAAGGUACACAAGUUUGCAGAGGAGAGAGAUUGGGACCAGUAUCACACUCCUAGGAAUCUAUUACUUGCAAUGAUCCAAUGGGACCAAGUUCUUAGCAGUUCACACCUAGUCAGAAGUACAAAAUUGAGAACCAUGCCGAUCAGCAAGUGUUCGUUACAAUCUAAUGAGGAACAGGAUAUCUGAAUGGAAAAAUUGCAAGGUUUCCCACUUCCCAAGCUGUUUAAGUACUGGUAUCACAACAUAAGUGCCAAGAAGAGAUAUGAAACGGUCUCAAAAUUUUUGCUGGUGCCCCCCCCCCCCAUGCCGUGACCCACGGUACGCCACUGCAAGUCUUCAUUAAUUAUGUAGGGUUAUUAAGUUGCAUUUAUUGUUAUCUUCAUUUUAAAAAAAUGUGAAAUGGGUUACCACUGCAAUAAUAUAUAAGUAGACUAUAUUUCAAAAAUAGAUUGAAUUCUAACCACAGUGACAGUAGACAAAUCAAAUUUUGUUAAUGAUUCGCUAAUGUAUUGAUUGGGGAAGGCACUCUUUAGGUAGAUUCUGGCAUUGUGUACCCCCCCCCCCCUUAUGAGGAGUGCUUUCACAUCAGUAGACUUUUUCUUGUCAGCAAAUUUGAAAGGAAUUUACCAAUUUUUUUGAGUGACAAAGUUUUGUGGAAGAAAAUAAACGAACAUCAAAGAUUUUUAUGCUCUUUUAUGGAAUAUUAACUAUAGGCUCAUCGAGAUCCUUUGAAUGAAAUUUUAACAAACAUUGUACAAUGUAGAAAAAUGUACUUAAUCCUAUUUUUGUACAUUUAUAUACCCACCCCAUACUACCCCUACCCAGUAACAGCCCUUUUUAGCUAUGCAUUGCCUUUAUUUUUUAAAAUACAAUUUAAUGCUUGGUAGACGCUAAUCAUUAUUUUUAUGUUAAUGUCAAUGUUUUAGAAAAUGGAUUCCUUAUAUAAUAAACAUUUUAAUUUUGAAUUG